ACUGCUCGGUGUGCAUUUGUCAUGAGUCGACGAGAAACGCUGUUAGGCAUUUCUCUAGUCAGCGUCUAAUCUCGUCUUUUUAUUUCUAUUUUACUCGAUUUCUUGGGGGUUUUUUUCAAGUGCGGACGUGAGGCGGAGACGGGGAGUUUGGAUGCUUGAGAGAUAAGGAGUGUGAUAGGAGGGUGCAGUUGCAUACUUGUGGCUCAGUGUCAUUUUUACUUUCGUGAGGCCUUUGGAAUUGUUGACGUGUUUUCGCGAGUGUUUAGAUUUUUCAGUAUUCAAAUACCGGGGGACAACGGGAUGAGUUUUAUUGUUGAGAAAAUUAGUUAACGGAAAAUGCUGAAACAAUUUGAUAUGUUCAUUGAGUUUGGAUAUAUUUAUCGAUUUGUAUCACUGGCAGAUCAUUGUUCUUCGAUGCUCCGAAAAAUUCGAGUAUUCUAAUCAUAAUGCGCUAAUCAACUCCGAAUGAUAAUUGUGCACUCGGAAAGUUGUUGGAAUAAUUUUCUAUCAGUAUUAGUUUCCGGCAUAUUUAUCAAUACGCUUGAUGGAUAAAUGGCGUUCUGUUAAUGGGAGACGCAAAUCAACAAGCACAGAUAUUUUGAAAAUGGAGUUCAAAAUCCUGAAUAUCUUCGCACUACUCCUACUCCUCGCGAUCUGCACAGAGUUGAGCAAUGGACAAUCUAGAGACACCAGCAGAACUGCCAUCAGAGGACCAAUCCAUCGAGGAGACAUUCCAUCAGUGGAUGGAAUAGCAUAUCCAGGGCCAAUGAGAAUAUUCUCACGAGUCAGAGGGCCGUAUGCGAAGAGGAGACACCCUUGUGAACAGAGUUCAUGUUACCCAGCUACGGGUAACUUACUGAUUGGUAGAAAAGAUCGUCUGGAGGCAUCGUCAACCUGUGGGCUUCAUGCUCCGGAGCGAUACUGUAUAGUUUCCCAUUUAAAGGACAGGAAGAAGUGCUUCUUCUGUGAUGCAGCAUCACAGAAAUUGCAGCAUAAUAUUACUAAUAUUGUUGGAGGAUUAUCGAAGAAUUCCUGGUGGCAAGCAGAAAAUGGAGUCGAGAAUGUAACUAUCGACUUCUCUCUAGAAGCGGAAUUUCAUUUAACACAUAUGAUAAUUCGCUUCCAAACCUUCCGACCAGCAGCAAUGUUGAUCGAGCGCUCCCACGACUUUGGAAAGACCUGGCAAGUGUACAGAUACUUUGCCCACAACUGUGAACAAGCAUUCCCAGGGAUCCCCACCCACGUUCCAAAAAAAUUAUCCGAUGUCAUAUGUGAGUCCAGAUAUUCCUACGUUGCUCCCUCAUCAGGGGGUGAGAUAAUUUUCCGGGUUCUCCCACCAAAUCUCCAGUCCGUAAUCGAAAAUCCAUACGCGAAGCAAGUACAGAAUUUGAUGAAAGUGACGAAUAUCCGAAUCAACUUCACAAAAUUGCACACACUUGGAGAUGAUCUUCUUGAUGAUCGCGCAGAAAUUCAGGAGAAGUACUACUACGCUGUUCAAGACAUGGUAAUUCGAGGAUCAUGCUCUUGCUAUGGGCACGCCUCAGCUUGUCUCGAGCUGCCCGGUGUUACCAAUGAAGAAGAAAUGGUUCACGGAAGGUGUGAGUGUACUCACAAUACAAAAGGUCUCAAUUGUGAGAUUUGUCAAGAUCUUUACAACGAUGGACCAUGGAAACCUGCAGUUGGAAAGCAAACGAAUGCUUGCCGAAAAUGCAACUGCAAUGAACAUGCCAAUUCCUGUCAUUUUGAUGAGGCUGUCUACGAACGAUCUGGAAGAGUCUCUGGGGGUGUCUGCGAUGAUUGCCAGCAUAAUACCAGGGGACAGAAUUGCGAACAGUGUAAACCGUUUUUCUACCACGAUUUGACGAAGAACAUCUCCCAUCCAGACGCGUGUCAACCUUGUGACUGUGAUCCCGGUGGUUCCCUCGAUGAUGGCAUUUGUGACUCACGAACAGAUAUCUUGAGUGGUGAAGAAUCCGGACGCUGUCAUUGCAAAUCGAACGUGGAGGGGCGCCGAUGUGACUUAUGUAAGAACGGAUUCUGGAAUUUCGACCCGAAUAAUCCCGAUGGAUGUCAAGCCUGUACCUGCAACCCCCUGGGAACCAUUGACAACCAGGGAUGCAAUCAAGUGACUGGAGAGUGCACCUGCAAGCGUUACGUAACAGCACGUGAUUGCAAUCAAUGUUUGCCGGAGUAUUGGGGCUUGUCGGAUGAUCACGAUGGCUGCAAGCCCUGCGAGUGUGAUCCUGGUGGCUCCUACGAGUCCACUUGUGACGUUAUCACUGGUCAAUGUCGAUGCCGACCUCAUGUAGGAGGAAGAACGUGUAACCAACCCGAGCAGAGUUAUUACACUGGGUCACUGGACUUUUUGAUUUACGAGGGUGAAUUGGCAGGCGGUAGUGAUAACUGCCAAGUCGUCAUCAGAGAGCCGUACAGAGACGGGAGGAACAAUACGUGGACAGGCACAGGUUUCAUGAAGGCUGUUGAAGGUUCAACAAUGAACUUCACAAUAGAUGAUAUAAGAAGAUCGAUGUGGUACGAUAUAAUAGUGCGUUACGAGCCUGUCCAUCCCGGAGUCUGGCAGGAGGUGGAAAUCCUGAUCACACGAGACGGUCCUGUCGAUCCUCACGGGCCAUGUGCUGGUUGGAGACCCGAGGAUGACAGAUUGUGGCUCCAGUUGCCUGACAAUGCUCGAAGUGCUGUUGCCAAUCCAUCAGUUUGCUUUGAAGCUGGUAAAGUCUACAAGCUCUUGCUCUCGUUCAGGAGGUUCGAUCCUCACACAGAGACGCCCACUGCUUCCAUUCUGAUUGAUUCGAUUGUUUUAAGACCAAGAAUCGAUUCCAUUCCAUUCUUCAAUGGUGAAGGUCCUAACGAGCUGAGACGAAAGGAAUACGAAAGAUAUCGCUGUAACGAGAUAUUCGAUAGUGUCACUCCAUACACACGCGAUGAGAAUGAUAUUUGUGCACCGUAUCAUACUAGCAUCGGUUAUUGGGUGUUCGAUGGAGCGCAUUCCUGCGAAUGUAAUCCAACAGGAUCACACAGUCUUCUCUGUGAGAACUACGGUGGUAUUUGUCCCUGUAAACCAAACGUAGUAGGACGUCGUUGUGACCGUUGUGCUCCCGGUACCUACGGAUUCGGCCCUAACGGAUGCAUUCCUUGCGACUGCAACGCAGUCGGUGCUCUAGAUAAUUUCUGUGAUGUUGAUACUGGUCGGUGUAAAUGCAGGCCAAAUACUUAUGGCCGAACUUGUGGUCAGUGUGAACCCGGAUUUUGGAAUUUCCCUCACUGCAGGAGGUGCGAGUGCAAUGGACAUGCGGACAGCUGUGAUUCGUCUACUGGGGCUUGUGAAAAUUGCAGGGACUAUACCACUGGCCAUAACUGCGAUAGGUGCAUCGAUACUUUCUAUGGGGAUCCAAGGAUUGGAGUUGAUAUUCCCUGCAGAGCUUGUCCCUGUCCAGGAACUAUCGACUCGGGUCACGCUUACGCAGACAGCUGUUCUCUAGAUCCCAUAACACACGACGUCAUUUGUGAGUGCUUUAAGGGAUAUUCUGGAGCUCGAUGUGAGAACUGCGCAGAGAACUACUUUGGUAAUCCUGAGGAAGUCGGUGGUCAAUGUACCGCCUGCGAUUGUAGCCAUAACACUGACCUCACACGACCUGGAAAUUGUGAUCCAUACACCGGACGCUGUCUCCAGUGUCUCUAUGACACUGCUGGAGCUAAUUGUCAGCAGUGUAAGCCAGGCUUCUACGGGAAUGCACUUGAAAAGAACUGUCAGGACUGCAUGUGCAAUGUCCUGGGAACCGAUAUUGCAGCAGGGCCAUGCGACCACAGGACCGGACAGUGUCCUUGCUUGCCUAAUGUCAUCGGACAACUCUGUGAUCAGUGUGCAGAGAACUACUGGAGAAUCGCCAGUGGACAAGGAUGUGAUCCUUGUGAAUGUGACGCUGUUGGAAGUGUGUCGGACAAGUGCAACCCUUAUGAUGGCACCUGUGAGUGUCGCGCCGGCUUCGGAGGUCGUCGUUGUAACGAAUGUCAAGCCAACUUCUGGGGUAAUCCUAACGUCCAAUGUUAUCCCUGCGACUGCGACGUAAUUGGUUCAUCAUCAGCUCAAUGCGACCGUGAGACAGGCGUUUGUGUUUGUCACAAGGGAAUCGGAGGAGAGAAAUGCGAUCAGUGUGAUCGCAGCUACAUCGGUACAGCCCCACAUUGCAGCCCCUGUGGCGAGUGUUUUGACAAUUGGGACCUCAUCCUCGACGGGCUUCGUAACAAAACAGAUCUGGUGAUUGAAGAGGCCUCGAGAAUCCAGAAAGUGGGUACUACCGGAGUCUACAGCCAACAAUUCGAUAAAAUGUUGGACUCCCUCGACCAGGUCCGCGGAUUGAUCGAUAACACGACUGUGAGGAGUCAAGAUCUCGACGAACUACAUGAUUUGGCGGGUCAAUUGGCUAAGAACGUGUCUACCUCAACAAAAGCUCUCGAGGAAGUUGAAAAUCAAUUGGAGAACGUCAGUCAAAGGGUGAAUCUUGGAGAUGUUGCUUUGAAAAAACUGAAAAACAGGACGAACAGUCUUCACCAGGGAGCUGCCCUUUUGAAAGAGGACGCGACAAGACUGCAGGAGGCGAAUGUCCAGGGGGCACUCAACGUCACUCAUCAAAUGGCUGAGCAGUCACGACUGGCAGGAAAGAUGGCUAAUGAGACUAACAACGUUCUUGCUGACGCCGAGCGGUAUCGGAAGAACACUGAGAACCUAUUGGCCAAGAAUAGUGCCAACGUCAACGAAGCUCAGGAGAAGAGUUUAGCGUCGAUUGCGAGAAUGAACGAGAGAAUCUCCGGCCUUGAAAACGAAAUCCCUGGACUGAAUCUGGGAAUGUGUGGAGACAAUGUCACCGAAUGUAGCAGUGUUUGCGGUGGCGCUGGAUGUGGAACUUGUGGGGGGAUCUCUUGCGAGGCUGGAGCCGUUACUAAAGCUAGUCAAGCACUGGAUGUGGCGAAAAGACAGGCCGAGAAGAUCAGGAAUCAUAAGGACACUGCUGAGGAUCUUCUACGAAAGAUGAUGGACUUGAAGCAGGAUGCUGGUGCGGCCCGUGGAAAUGCUCAAGACGCCUUUAACUUUGCUCUUGACGCUCGUAACAGAUCGGAGAGAGUGGCCAAAGCCCUGGCCGAAGUGAACGAAAGGAUCAUUAUGGUAUUAAACGACGACCAACCAACUCCCAUGAUGGUACGGGACCUUGCUGAAGAAGUCUUGAGUAAACAUAUUCACCUGCGACCUGACGAAAUCAGGGAGUUGGCUAACAAAAUUGAUAGUAUCAUUGUUUCAUUGACGGAUUCCGAUAAGAUUUUAUCUGAUACUGCUGGAGAUUUGAAAAUGGCGCAAGAGCUCGAGCAGAGAGCUAAUUGGGCUAAACAGUCCGCUAUCGACAAGCAGAAUCAAGCUGGCAAGGUGGUGAAUCUGCUUACUGAAACCCAAAAAGCCCAAGAAGAGGCCGAAGAUGCGAUUGAGAAAGCCGAGCAAGAUAUAGCUCUGUCUGAGAAAGAUCUCCAAGAUGUAGGAGAAGUGACAAAGGAAGCUCAGAAGAAGGCAGCGAAUACAACCGCAGCUGUGGAUGCCCUGGAGGCUCGACUCAAGCAACUCCAGACCCAAUCGGUGCGAAACGACUUCGUUCUGAAUCAAGAAAUUCGGAAGGAGUUGCUCACUCUCGCCGACGAUGCCAAGGCGGUCGACGAGAAGACCCAGAAACUGGGAACAGAGUACAAGCGAGCUGGUGAUUCUCUCAACAAUCGAGUCACCAAGAGCAAGGGCGAUAUUGAAAGGGCCAAGCAGUUACUCCAGAGAGCGUCUGAAUUAACUGCCGACACGACAACCAAGUUCAAAGAUCUCGACGGUAUGGAAAGUGUCUACAGAGAUAAUGACAGACUUCUCAGUGAUCUUAUGGCACAGGUGGAUGCUCUGACUGCCGAAAUGGAAAAACAACUUGGAGAAAUUGAGAAGAAGGCACAGACUUACAGGGACUGCUCGACGUGAACAAUUUUGUAGAAUUUAUCAGGCACAUUAGACGAUCAAUCAACGCAGUUGUUAAGUGGCCAAACAAAUAGAAUGCUUCUUACAAUUUAUUUAGAAUGAGAAGUGUUUAUCGAAAUACAAUAGAAAUGGAUUUAAAAAAAUUUUAAACCGUUUUUGCAGACAACCAAAAAGAGCGACCGACAAAUAGUUUCGAACCUUUCGGACACUUCACAAUUGACAUAUAAGUGCCAUAUGAAUUCGCAAAGUGCCACUAAACACCAAAAAUACGUCGAUCAAAAUUCUCUAUGAAGACAUCAAUUAUAAACGCUGUUUUUCGCGUUUUGUAAAUACAUUAAUUUUAUAGUAAGAGUUUUUACAUUUAAUGAGACACAAUUAUUUUUACGAUUCAAAUGACGGUGGUUUUGAAGUUGAAUUGUAUCAGAAUUUAUCCAUAAUUUCUAUUUACUUGAAGUGAAGUUGGUGAUGGAGUGGUGAAACAGGAUAAGUCAUUUUAGGAGUCAUUCUUGUAGCUUUCAUAUUGAUCUACUAAAGUAUCUCGUAAAAACCCCAUCUUAUUAUGUUAUGUCACCACUGAAUUCAUAAUAAUUACUUGAUGUUUCUUAUUCAGAAGAAUUAAUUGAUUGAAAUUUGUUACGAUUUAUAUAAGAAAGAGAAAAUGAAUAAAAAGUUGAUAAAAAUAAA